AUGUGGAACUUGAUUGCUAUCUCGGUGCAAGCGCUGGUCUUUGGACUGCCGCACCCAGUCUCGUGCCAUCCAAACAAUCUGAAAUAUGGCAAACCCAGCAGCGGAGAGCCAGAUGCAGAGGGCAUCUCAACUUCACAGAUCUUCUAUGGACGCUUUAUCUCCACACCAAACCCAGAUACUCUGUUGAUUCAACAUGGGGCUGUUCUGGUCACUAGCAUCGACGGAAGAGGUUACAUCAACAUGACCGCGUUCAAUCUCACACGUCCCGAAGAUGCCGCAGCAGAGCUAGGGGUUGGCUCUGAUGUUGCCGUCGUUCAAGGAACGGAUACCGGGUUCUUCUUCCCCGGUUUCAUUGACACCCAUAUCCACGCACCACAAUACCCAAAUCUUGGCUUAUUCGCAGGGACCCUUCUUGACUGGCUUCGAGCAUAUACAUUUCCCAUGGAAUCUUCUCUCGGCAAUCCUAAUUCUCCCGCAUACGCGGAUUCGACCACGACUCCGGAUCCAUACGCACGCGCGAUGCAGGUCUAUUCCCAUGUAAUCGACAGGACUCUCGCCUAUGGCACCACCACUUGCUCUUACUAUGCGACUGUCGACGUGCCCGCUACCAAUCUGCUAGCCACACUUGCCUACGCCAAAGGCCAGCGAGCUUACAUUGGCCGAACAUGCAUGGACAACCAGCAAUACAACCCGGAGUACUACAGAGAUGAGUCUGUUGAGGAUGCCAUCAACAAGACUUGGGCUACCAUCAAUCACAUCGAGAGUCUGGAUCCUUCCGGCGAGCUCGUUGCUCCCAUCAUCACGCCUCGCUUCGCACCAGCAUGCACAAAUGAAUCUUUGACCGAACUGGGCAAUAUUGCAGUACAAAAGGAUUUGCGCAUCCAAGCGCAUAUUUCCGAGAACGUGGGCGAAGUCAAGCUAGUGUCCGAAUUAUACCCGCAACAGUCCUCGUAUGCGGACGUGUAUGAAGCCCAUGGCCUGUUGACAGACAAGACUAUCCUCGCCCAUGGGGUGCACCUCACUGAUGAGGAGAUGGCGCUGAUUGCGGCUCGUGGAUCAGGCGUUAGCCAUUGCCCCGACAGCAAUUCUGCAUUAGGUUCAGGCAUUGCUCGAGUUAGAAGAAUGAUUGACGCCGGGAUCAAGGUCGGUCUCGGCACUGACGCCGCGGGAGGGUUCAGCCCUAGCCUUUUGGAUAAUGUCAGGCAGGCUUUUCUUGUCAGUCGAUUGUUGAGCUUCCAAGAAGGUCAGAAUGAGAGUCUCACCGUUCCGGUCACGGAGGCUCUUUACUUGGGUACGGUUGGAGGGGCACAGGUGGUCGGCAUGGAUGGGAGGCUGGGUGGGUUCGUGCCUGGAAUGCUAUGGGACGUUCAAGAGAUCGUGCUCGGGACUGAGCCGGUGGAUAUCUUUGGCUGGGAGACCUGGAGCGACAGAGUGAUGAAGUGGGUAUGGAAUGGUGAUGAUCGAAACGUCAAUCGAGUGUGGGUUGGUGGUAGACUGGUCCAUGAGCGGAGGUAG